GACUUCAACCGAGAGCUCCUGAAGAUCUAUUACGACAAGUUCUUUCCCUUCCUGGCCAUGUUCAGGUGGCUGAGCUACCGCAAUGACCCGAAGAGUGCUAGCACUGGUGCGCAAAAGGACUUUUUCAACCGGCGCGAGUUUGAUCUUGUGCUUCAGGGAGAUGCCGGCAAUGAGAUUCACUGCCGAUACACCUGCUUCAAGGACGCUGAGGAGUACCGAAGUCGUGUGUUGGAGAGACAGCCUAUUCGAAUGGAGAUUGGUGCUGUGUACUCCCAUCCGCCGGUCAAGCACAAAUUGGUCAUGAAGGACGCCUACAAGCCGCUGGAGCGCGAGCUCGUUUUCGAUAUCGACAUGGAUGAUUACGAUGACAUCCGAAGUUGCUGCACCGGUGCCAAGCUAUGUGUGAAGUGCUGGACCUUCAUGAAGGCAGCCAUUGAGAUCCUCCGUCGAGCUUUGCGCGAGGAUUUUGGCUUUGACCACCUCCUGUUCGUGUACUCCGGCCGGAGAGGAGUUCAUUGCUGGGUCUGCGACGCGGCUGCCCGGCGGCUCAACAACGAGCAGCGCUCCGCUUUGGCGGAGUACAUGACGAUGGUGACGCCCGGGGCCGGCAAGUGUCGUGCUGACCUCAAACUUACUGGCAUGGAGGAGCUCCACCCCGCUGUCUCAGAGGCCUACACCAUCUGCAAGAAGUGGUUCCGCGAUGACCCGAACUGCAUUCUGAACAGCCAGGAUAUUCUUCGCGCUGGUCCGCAUCUGCCCAACAUCCUCGAGCCUCUAGUGCCCUCUGAGAGGGACAAGGUCACGGAGUUCAUGAAGAAGCAUCCCGAGGCUUCUUCGAAGGAAAUCUGGGCCGAGCUCGAGAAGAUUGCGGAGGAGCGAGACCGGGAAGCUGUGUCCUUCAAGCAAAAGUCGGAGGCCAAAGUGCUUCUCAAGGAUGUGACAGUUCAGUUCGCGUACCCGCGCUUGGAUGUGAACGUCACAAAGCAGAUCAACCACUUGCUGAAGUCGCCCUUCGUGGUGCACCCGAAAACAGGACGCGUGUGUGUCCCCAUUGACCCAGAUCACCUCAACGACUUCGAUCCGUCCAAGGUGCCAACCAUCGGCCACCUGGUGGAGGAGUUUAGCAGUACGCAAGAUGUGAACAAAACUUCUCUGAGGCCGUACUUGCACUUCUUCGAGACCGGCUUCCUUCAGAAGCUGGAGGCGAAGUCGACUGAGGAGAUACGAGCUCUCAGCGAUGCCAAGACGACCGGGGCGCUUAUGGUCCUGCAUUCUGAGAGCUGCCUCACCUCCCGUGAGCUGGGCACGAAUGCGCAGCAUUCCGCUGGCCAUCCCAUGCAAAGGUUGGGAUUGUGCGUCGGCCGGGUAGCAGGUGAGCUGUGCAGACCAGUGGGCCAAGCCAUAUGGCAGGUCGAGGCCGUGAUCUCGAUCUGGGAUGCCGAUGCAAAUGCCAAGCAGGUAAGCCGUGGGCUGGCCUCGGGCGUAAAGUCGAUGACGUGCAAAGUGUACGCGCAUGUGGACGUGGGAGGGUAUCCCUCCUUCGCGCUGCCGAUUCAGGUUGGGCGGCCGGAGGAGACGCAGUUUGGCACCUUGAAGCAGGCGUUGUUGAAGGAGAUUGCGCAGAGGGUGACGAAUGCCAGCGAGUUGGAUUACGACACGCUGUGCUUCUGGAAUCAGGAUCUGUGCCCCAUUCCUGACAGCUGCUCUGUGGCAGCUUUUGCCUGGGAGCACAAUGACUUCUUCCUGCGGCCGACGCCUGCAUCAGACUCCGCAGGCUCUGCUCUGAACGAAAGUCGGGCCAAACGAGGGGAACUGUCAUACUACUACGCGCACAACCGUGACAGAAGGAGCUUGAUCGCAAAGCCGCAAGCUACGUCCCAACCCGCAAGGCUUCCAAUGCCCGUCAAGGUCGUCGCGCCAAGCGGCCCUACCAAGUUCAACACCAAGCAAUCGCCGUUCGGUACAGACAUCACCAAAUUCGAGACGCUGGACAGCUACACGUGGGAGGACAACGACGGCGAAACUGUCAAGGUUCUUGUCCCUUUGGAUGGGGUUGGCAAGCUCUCACCGGAAAAGGUCAGAUCUCACUUCGGGGAGAGGUCGUUCGAGCUGCUCGUUGAAGGCAUCGGCGGACGGAAUGUCCGCUUCGCGUGCUACAAAACCCACGGAGAGUUGAAGCCCGAGGAAUGCAAGCACGUGGUGCGCGCGAAUCGGGUGAACCUGAUCCUGCGGAAGGCGAAGGAAAAAGACCACUGGUUCGACCUCUUCAAGAAGCGUGCCAUUGGGGACGACGACGACCCGUGA